UCUUGUGUGAGAGCCUCACGUGAUAUAUCACGUGAAUCGCGGUAUAUUUAGCUAGUAACACUUAUGGUUUGACUGCGGAGUGCGAAGGAUUUUAGUCAGGGUACCGCUCUGAAUUAUUACUAUUAAAACCAUAAGCUGACGUUUUCUCAUUCUGAUUCGUAAAUAUAAAUUUUCUUUCUUCAGUCAGUGUGGAUUUUUUUUACAGUACGAACAAACCUAUCCUGCUAGCUGUUAGGCGUAACAUGCAGCCAAAUGAAAGUGUUAAGUCAGAUUUUAAUUCCACAGCUUCCUCUGGUUCACAGUUUCGUGUUCUUGUUGGUGUAACCGGUAGUGUAGCAGCCUUAAAAUUGCCUUUGUUGGUGGCGAGACUCCUUGAAUUACCCGGGGUUGACGUCCAGGUGGUCGCCACUGACCACGCCACACACUUCUUCAGCCCUGAAGAGAUCCCAGUCAGAAUCUAUAGUGACAAGGAUGAGUGGCAGAUGUGGAAGCGGCGCUCUGACCCGGUGCUUCACAUCGAGCUGAGGCGCUGGGCUGACCUGCUCGUCAUCGCCCCCCUGGACGCCAACACCCUGGGGAAGAUCGCCAGUGGAAUCUGUGACAAUCUGCUGACCUGCGUGGUGCGGGCCUGGGACCUAACGCGCCCCCUGGUCUUCUGUCCCGCCAUGAACACGGCCAUGUGGCAGCACCCCAUCACCGCGAAGCAGGUGGCCGUCCUCAAGGAGUUCGGCUACGUGGAGGUUCCCUGCAUAGCCAAGAAGCUGGUGUGCGGAGAUGAAGGUGUCGCGCAUCAUGAGAGACAAAGCCAGGCUCCUGCUGCAGAGGAAGAGGAACUUCAACCAGCACCAGAAGCGGCAGAGAUUCGCCAAGGAGAAGCACAUUGACCACAAGCUCCUUGUGUGCGCACGGCAGCAGCUAGCUGAGGGCAUCCAGGUACUCGUGCGCGACCCUCAAGCAAAGAGCCACCGAGCUGGCACAGGCAGAAGGGACUGCCUUCACGCUCCCUCCGACAGCUGAAUCACCCGGUGGUGGGACCGGCACAAUAUCGCCAACUGGUGGAGGAAGAAGAAGAACCCUGAGCAUGCCCGCUCCCCAGCGGCUGUGGACUGGAAGGCCACCAUCCUGCAGAACAUUCUGGAGUCCUACAGCCCCGCUGGGGCUGAACCUGUCCAAUUCCCAUUCUAAUUUGCAAUGUCCAGUUAUCUGCAACCGCAGACACGUGUAUGUGGGAAGCUCAAUGCCGAAUUGGGAGAGUGUACACACUCAGAAACGUGGUGUCGCCGGUGUGCUUCUUUUCACAACACAAGCUACAGCGAAGCGCUCUUAGAGUGGAGUAGGGGGAAGACCUUUCAUAUGCACCUUUGAUGUGCAGUUUGCAGGCGCCCAAUCAAUCAGCAGGGGCCGCUGGAGAGAAAAGGAAUGCAGACCCCUAACCGACUGAGCCCUCCCGUACCCAGGGCAAUGGAAUCACCAACUACAAAUCACCCUCAUUUACUCCUUUUAAUGUGAGCGUAAUGUGUUCAAAUAAAUGCUACAUACCAUUAUCCAAAGGUUUCAGUGCCAUUCAUUUGAUGGGGAAUGAAACUUUAUCCUAUAUUAGUUUCCAAUAAGGUGUCCCAGUGUAAGGAGGGUGAACUUUAUCGUGGUGGUGAUGCAGAGUGACGCGGUCAUUUGAGACUCAGUUUCACCAGAGUGAAAAUCCAGAGCUCAGCUGUCCCCUUGGUGGAAGAAAAGGCUUCUUUCAUUUCAUUUCAUUCACUCCAGAAGGUUAAUAAUGUCUCUCUGUGUUCAUUAUUCAAAGCCUCUACCCCUGUAUUUCUGUGUACUAUGAUAUUCUCUAUUGUUUCUUCCCAAAUUAUUGGUACAUAUAUUUUUCUGGCUAUAAUUUAAUGUUAACUUAUAGAUUUAAAUUUUUUUUUAAUGCAAAAUGUGUUCUGUCUGGUGCUGUCCGUAGUCAGGAUGAAAAGCAAUCGGAUACAGAGAUUAUAAUACUAAAGUAAUAACUAAACGAUUAUUUGUAAUUAUUCCACAAAAAUAAUGAUUAGUAAAUACCCUGCAGAGGGGAUGCUUCAGAGCUAAUUCCUAAACGAUCACCUUUGACAAACACCACAUUUAAGUGAUGGAAUAAAAACGUUUCCAUAUCUUUUCAGUAUUAAUGUUGGUUCUGUAAACAGUCACAUUACACAUUAAAGAGGCUUUGUCAUUCCUUGGCAAUUUUUUUAUCAGC